AUGGAUGAAGACACCAUCUUCUUUAAUGGCCGUAUCCUCACAAAAGCUGGCUCUGGUCUGCAUGGAGAGCCCGUGUUUACAGACAGCAUGCUAGUGAAGAAGGGCAUCAUUACUGCAGUUGGACAAUUCCAACAAGUCCUCGCUGAAUGCCCACCUAACGUGCAAAGGCGAGACCUCAAGCAACAGACUGUCCUUCCAAGCUUUAUCGAUGGUCACAUGCACCUUCUGCUUCUUGGUCAAUCGCUGCGCAAACUCGACCUGCGACCCUGCAAGUCUCUAGAGGAAAUCCGAUCAACAAUCAAACAGUACGCAGUCGCCAAUCCCGACCUCCCAACUAUCCUUUGCAAAGGCUGGAUGCACUCCAUGACACCGAACGGUGUGACUGCCUCAAUGCUGGAUGACAUUGACCCGAGACCCAUCUUCAUCGAUGCAAGUUCGCUGCACUCUUGCUGGAUGAACACCGCCGCUCUGAACGUGCUCGGUGCUGAAACUAUGGCGGAUCCCCCUGGCGGUAGUAUACACCGUGACGCCGAGGGAAGGCCUUCCGGUGUGAUGGAUGAAGGUGCUGUGAUGUCAGUUAUCUGGCCAUUCCAGGCAUCGUCAUCGCACAAAGAAGAGCGCGAGCAGUCAAUUCUUCAAGCCAUUCAUGAAUACAAUGCGGCGGGAUAUACGGGCAUUAUCGAGAUGGCGAUGGACGAAGAAGCGUGGGACAGCCUUGUUACACUGCGUUCGACACAAUCAGACCUCCCAAUGCGUAUUUCCGCAUACUGGCUGAUCAAGCCUUCAACAGACCGCGAAGCCAUCUCCAAACAAGUACAGCGCGCGAUUGAAUUGAGUCGACAGUACAACUCCAGCACAAGCCCGGACCUCCGCAUCGUCGGCGUGAAGGUUAUCUGCGAUGGAAUCGUCGAUGCCUGCACCGCCUUCCUGUCCGAGCCCUAUGCACCCAUCGCUUCGCCGCCUCCAAUCUGGGAAGCGGAGCAACUAGCACUCGUCGUCAAAGAAGCAGACAGCGCGGGUCUUCAAGUAGCCCUCCAUGCCAUCGGCGACGGAGCAAUCAAAAUGGCCAUCGAUGCAAUCGAGAAGCACGCAAGCCCAGGGCGACGCCACCGCAUCGAACACCUUGAGCUUGCGUCUCCCGAGGACGCAAAGAGGCUAGGGGAGCUCGGCUUGACGGCAUCUGUUCAGCCUGUGCAUGCGGAUCCCUCCAUUCUCACUGAGUGGCCUCGUCUCAUUGGAGAGGAGCGCUGCGGGAGGGCAUUUGCGUACCGCGAGUUCGCGGACGCGGGGGCUCUUAUGGCGAUUGGUAGUGAUAGCCCUACUUCGCCUUGGGCUCCGAUGGAUAAUCUUUACGUGGCUACCACGCGGAAGUCGUCUAGGAAUGUUGAAUAUACCAAGGUUGUUAAUGAGCACUUCCGUUUGGGGAUGUGUGAGUCUAUUGUUGCUGCUAGUGGGGGUGCAGCAUGCAGUGUUUUUGCGGAAGAGAGGACGGGGAGCUUGAAUGUUGGGAAGUUGGCGGAUUUUGUGGUUGUUGAUAUGGAAUGGGAGGCGGAAAGGUUGCUGGAGGCGAAAAUUAGGGAGACUUGGUUUGGGGGGAGGAAGGUUUGGGCUGAUUAG